UACUUUAGGUUCAACACAAGUUGAAGGUUUUACAACACUGACUGUAGAAACAGUGUAUUGUUGUACGUGUGUGUGUGUGUGUGUGUGUGUGUGUGUGUGUGCAGACUGUUGGAACCUCAGAGAACAUGUCAUUGACUCCACAGAUUCCACUGACUCUUGGAUCCAUAUGUUACAUGUUCAGUCACAUCCAGACGUUGAACCUGCGUCCUUCUGCAUCUAGAACGUUUGGUUUCAUCAUUGAACCAUCAUAUGAUGCUGUUUCAAACUCUGCUGUUUCCAGCGUUUGUCGUGUGACUGAUGUGGAUUCAGAAUGGACGAGUGUGAGGACAGAGAGGAUGGAGCCCCUCCCACAAAGACCACCAGGACCCCUACAGGACCAGGACCUGGACCUGGAUUUGACAGACCCCCCAAACCACAGAGUGGACACCGUGUCCACAGUGAGUCCUCCGUCCAGUCUGGAUCUGGUCCCAGUUGUGUGUCCAUGAAGAGCGACCAGUCCAAGGCAGAACCGCUGGCUUUUACGUCACAGUCACUGAUCCAACGUCCAGUCACAAACAGACAGAGAGUGGAGCAGCAGAGCUCAGAGGUUCCCAGUGGUCUACAGGAUCAGACUCAGCUGGACUCCAUAUUUAAGCUGCUGGAGGAGAACAUCUGCACUUUUGUCAAGAAUGAACUGAAGAAGUUCCACCAGGUUCUGAGUACAGAUUACCCAGAAUGUUUAGAGAGUCUGAAGGAUGAGGAUGAAGAGCAGAGGAGAAGUUCAGAGGCUUUUCUGAAGAUCACAGUGAACUUCCUGAGGAGGAUGAAGCAGGAGGAGCUGGCUGAGCGUCUGCACAGCAGUAAGACCAUUCUUCAGGCUGGUGUUCAGCAGAAACUGAAACAUAACCUGCAGCAGAAGUUUGAGUGUGUGUUUGAGGGCAUCGCUAAAGCAGGAAACCCCAAAACCCUCCUGAACCAGAUCUACGCAGAGCUCUACAUCACAGAGGGAGGGGCUACAGAGGUCAACCAGGACCAUGAGGUCAGACAGAUUGAAACAGCAUCCAGGAACCCACACAGACCACCAACAACCAUCACAUGUGAAGACAUCUUUAGAAGACCACCUGAAAGAGAUCAGCCAAUCAGAACAGUGCUGACAAAGGGCGUGGCCGGCAUCGGGAAAACAGUCUUAACACAGAAGUUCAGUCUGGACUGGGCUGAAGACAAAGCCAACCAGGACAUCCACUUCAUAUUUCCAUUCACCUUCAGAGAGCUGAAUGUGCUGAAACAGAAGAAGUUCAGCUUGGUGGAACUGGUUCAUCACUUCUUCACUGAAACCAAAGAAGCAGGAAUCUGGAUCUUUGAAGACUUCCAGGUGGCGUUCAUCUUAGACGGUCUGGAUGAGUGUCGACCUCCUCUGGACUUCAACAACACUCAGAUCCUGACUGAUGUGACAGAGUCCACCUCAGUGGAUGUGCUGCUGAUGAACCUCAUCAGGGGGAACCUGCUUCCCUCUGCUCGCCUCUGGAUAACCACACGACCUGCAGCGGCCAAUCAGAUCCCUGCUCAGUGUGUCGACAUGGUGACAGAGGUCAGAGGGUUCACUGACCCCCAGAAGGAGGAGUACUUCAAGAAGAGGUUCACAGAUGAAGAACAGACCAACACAAUCAUCUCCCACAUCAAGAGGUCACGAAGCGUCCACAUCAUGUGUCACAUCCCAGUCUUCUGCUGGAUCACUGCUACAGUUCUGGAGGACGUGUUGAAGACCACAGACAGAAGACAACUGCCCAAGACCCUGACUCAGAUGUACAUCCACUUCCUGGUGGUUCAGGCCAAAGUCAAGAACAUCAAGUAUGAUGGAAGAUCUGACACAGAUCCACACUGGAGUCCAGAGACCAGGAAGAUGAUUGAGUCUCUGGGAAAACUGGCCUUUGAGCAGCUGAAGAAAGGAAACCUGAUCUUCUAUGAAUCUGACCUGACAGAGUGUGGCAUCGAUAUCAGCUCAGCCUCAGUGUACUCAGGAGUGUUCACACAGGUCUUUAUAGAGGAGAGAGGACUGUACCAGGACAAGAGGUUCUGCUUCAUCCAUCUGAGUGUCCAGGAGUUUCUGGCUGCUCUUCAUGUCCAUCAGACCUUCACCAACACUGGAGUCAAUCUGCUGUCAGAAGAACAAACCACAUCCCAGAGGUCUGGAUCUGCACAGACACAGUUCUACCAGACCGCUGUGGACCAGGCCUUACAGAGUCCAAAUGGACACCUCGACCUGUUCCUCCGCUUCCUUCUGGGUCUAUCACUGCCGACCAAUGAGAGGCUUCUACAGGAUCUGCUGACACAGACAGGAAGUAGCUCAGAGACCAAUCAGGAAACAGCAAACUACAUCAAGAAGAAGAUCAGUGAGAAUGUGUCUGCAGAGAGAAGCAUCAACCUGUUCCACUGUCUGAAUGAACUGAAGGACCAGACUCUAGUAGAAGAGAUCCAAAAUAAACUGAGUUCUGGACAUCUAGACACAGAUAAACUGUCUCCUGCUCAGUGGUCAGCUCUGGUCUUCAUUUUACUGUCAUCAGAUAAAGAUCUGGAUGUAUUUGACCUAAAGAAAUACUCAACUUCAGAGGAGGUUCUUCAGAAACUUCUGCCAGUGGUCAAAGCCUCCAACAAAGCUGUACUGAGUGGCUGUAACCUGUCAGACAGAAGCUGUGAAGGUCUGUCCUCAGUCCUCAGGUCCCAGUCCUCUAGUCUGAGACAUGUGGACCUCAGUAACAAUGACCUGAAGAAUUCAGGAGUGAAGAUGCUGUCAGAUGGACUGAAGAGUCCAGGAUGCAGACUGGAGACCCUCAGACUGUCAGGAUGUCUGAUCACAGAGGAAGGAUGUUCUUCUCUGGUCUCAGCCCUAAAGUCCAAUCUGUCCCAUCUCAGACUGUUGGACGUGAGCUACAACCAUCCAGGAGACUCAGGACAGGAGCUGUCUGCUCUACUGGAGGAUCCACACUGGACACUGGACACUCUCAGACUGAGUAGCUGUAACCUGUCAGAGAGAAGCUGUGAAGGUCUGUCCUCAGUCCUCAGGUCCCAGUCCUCUAGUCUGAGACAUGUGGACCUCAGUAACAACGACCUGAAGGAUUCAGGAGUGAAGAUACUGUCAGAUGGACUGAAGAGUCCAGGAUGCAGACUGGAGACCCUCAGACUGUCAGGAUGUCUGAUCACAGAGGAAGGAUGCUCUUCUCUGGUCUCAGCCCUAAAGUCCAAUCCGUCCCAUCUCAGACUGUUGGACCUGAGCUACAACCAUCCAGGAGACUCAGGACAGGAGCUGUCUGCUCUACUGGAGGAUCCACACUGGACACUGGACACUCUCAGGUUGGAGCCUGGUGGAGUCCGAUGGUUGAAACCAGGUCUGGGUCUGAGGAAGUAUUUCUGUGAACUCACCCUGGAUCCAAAAACAGUGAACGGAGAACUCCAACUGUCUGAAAACAACAAGAAGGUGGAACGAGUGGAUAAGGUUCAGUCCUAUCCUGAUCAUCAGGACAGAUUUGAGUUCCAUCCUCAGCUGAUGAGUUCAACUGGUCUGACUGGUCGCUGUUACUGGGAGGUAAAGUGGAGCGGAUGGGUUGAAAUAGCAGUGACUUCCAGAGGAAUCAGAAGGAAAGGAGACAGUAAAGACUGUUGGUUUGGAUUCAAUGAUCAGUCCUGGAGUCUGGAGUGUCAUAAAGGUGGUUACUGUGUCUGGCAUAAUAACAAAUACACAGUCCUCCCUCAGUCCUCCUCCUCCUCCUCUUCCUCUGGUACAGUUUCAGUGUAUGUGGACUGUCCUGCUGGAUCUGUGUCCUUCUACAGAGUCUCCUCUGACAAACUGAUCCACCUCCACACCUUCAACACCACAUUCACUGAACCAGUGUUUGGAGGAUUUAGGCUCAGUGAGGAUAACUCCUCAGUGUCUCUGUGUGAUGUGUAGUUGUGUUCACUCAUCCACUGACUCCCAGACCUGAACUGAACUGGACUGAAUUGGUAGAAUGAGAAUCUCUGUCACUGGUCACAUUAAAGUGAUGGGUUCUUUUCUGUUGUGACUCAAAUCCACAUGUAUCCAAUGUGUCCAAUCGGAUCAAUCAUAUCAUAUCAAAUCAUUAUUUUUGUACAGUUUAUAGGAUGAGGACAAUGCUUCUCCCAUUAGUAACAACUACUACAGGUGUGGACUAUAUGAAAUAUAAGAGUCAUUCACUGCGUUUUCACAGAACUCACCUGGAUCAGAUAAAUCCGACUUAUUUCCUCUUAUUUCUUUCUCUCUUCUCUCAUCCUUCUCUUUCUCUGUCAGACACUGACCAUUGACGAUUGCAAAUAUCUAUUAAUAAAAGAUAAAAUUUCAAACAAAAUAAUGUCAUAGAAUAAAUUAUUGUUCAUUUUUAUCAAGUCCUUGAGUUAUUCAAUCACAAAAGAUGAACGACAACAUGUAAAACUACAACUCCCAGGAUGUCUUUCAUCAACAAAUACCCAAACACAGAGUUUCAGCUUCUUCUGUUUUCAUUAAUCUGAACAAGUGACACCUUAUAUAAAAUAUAUGGACAAGAAGUGAAAGGCUACGUAUCAUCUCUACCUCAUGAUGCCUCCAACAUGGUGCUGCCUUCAGGGGCGUGACUGUUACUGGGGACAAACCAAACCAAAAUAGAGACAAAACUUCAGGAAAUACAGAGAAAAGACAAGAAGACAGAUUAAAAACACUGGGGAUAAUGAAAAAAAAAUACAGACAGGGAGAAUAUUAAAUAAUUACAAACAAAAUUAGUAAAAAUAUACAUAUUUGUGACAUUCAGGAUGACAUUUGUUUUUAGAAACAUAAUAGGAAACAGUUCGUCUUUUUUCAGUCUAAUACCUUUCGAUCUUAAUGCUCAUAUUCUCCUCGUUUCGACUGUAUUCUACGGACAUAUUCACCUACUGGUCAAAUACAAUCAUGCUGGAGCAGCGUUGUUUGUACCACAGUCAAAACUACGGAACUGAACACAUCAAAUACUGUGCAGAGGUUCCAUUUCAGCUCCACCUCCUUAGGUCUACGACAAACCCCCCCAGAGCUCAGCUCCGCCUCCUCAGGUCUUCUAUGACCAUCCUGGUCCACGACCACAUCCAUACGAAUAGUCACAGUUGCCGCCACGAUUCGUUUUAAAGUGCAACAUAAGUGAAGUGAACACACACACUCAAGGUCAAGUCACGUGACAAAAUAAGAAUCAGUAGGCUACAUUAUCCACUGUCCAAAAAGUUCACAGUUUAGUUCAAUGGAAUACAAUACUAUUUACCAGUAAAAGUAAUACAUUUACAAACAGCCUACAUCCUACUUCAGGAAAUAGGUUUAUUUUGAGCUCAAAUUUUCAGAUUUUCAUAAGACCCUUCAUAGGGAAGUUUUUCCUCACCACUCACAAGUGUUUGCUUCUGGAGGAUUCUGUUGGGUUUCUGUAAACUGGCUUAGAGUCCGGUUUUGACCAACUCUAUAUGUAAAGUA